AUGGAUACAUUUUAUCACGGUUCACAAUUUGUUAGAGAUUGGUUAUUGGCAUUUACUCAUGGAAAAUUGAAUGUGAAAUUUGAUGCUAUCUUUCCUGCCCUUAUCAAUGGCUUAAAACUAGUAGGACGCAAUGAGCCAGAAAGAGUUGUUAGCAAUAUUGUGCGAGAGUUAUAUUCUAUUAAAGAGGAAACUUCGAAAAAAAAAGAGUGGGAAAAAAUGCAAAAAUUGCAAGAUUGCUGUGCCAAAUUAUACACGAAACCAUGUUUUCUCUUUCGUGUUGUUAAUACUGCAUUACGUUGCGAUGAUCGAACUAAACUCAAUGAGUUAGGUCCUUAUUGUUAUCUCGUUUACAAUUAUAUUGGUCGCCAUACUAAUCAAAGUAUGCCAUUUCGACAUCGUCUUCGACAAUCAGUUCGUGUUAUGGACGCUCAACCAAUGAUUCUCUAUCGUGGUGAUGCUGUUUGUUCCAAAACAUUAGAAGAAUAUAAACAAGCUGCUGGAAAAAAAGACAAGUGUUUUAGAUGGCUUCCAUUUGUAUCGACUUCACUCGAUCGUGAUAUUGCGAGAAACUUUGGACAAAAUGUUCUGUACAAUAUCGAAGUACAACAGUAUUUAUCCAAUGAUCAAUUCACAUACUUAAACAACAAUACAUAUUUUGAGAAUGAAAAAGAAAUAUUAUUGAAGCCUGGAGCGCGAUUUCAAGUAAUAAAAGUAGAACCCGAUUGUCAAUUAAAACGACAAUUGGUCCAUAUCAAAAUUAUUCCAUCAUUUGUGUCCAAUUUGAUAUAA